UUAUGAUUUUACACUCCAAAAAUUUUGACAUUUUUCUAUGCAAUUAUAUCUUCCUUUAUCCAUGUUUCUGUACUUUCCUCUUUUUUUCCUUUCUCAAUCAUUACAUUUCCCUAUUUUGUUUUUUUAAAUGCCACAAUUUAUUUAUGUCAUUGUUAUGUAACCAAGCUACCUGAAUUUACACUUCCAUCUUUUUCAAAAAUUGACAACGAUAGCUCAGAUUAACAGCAACAAAAAUGCAAAGCUUUAGAGAAUUGUACCACCACCCAACUUACAUUUUCAGGGGAGAUGAAAGUAGUUCGCGCAACAUAGGUGGGCUUGAACACCCAGUUGUUUUCCACCAACAAGAUGCGGUUGAUUUAAGACGAAGUGGUCUUUGUGGUCUAAGAUCAAACAACAUCGCCUUUCCUUCAAGUUUACCUUUUGAAGCCGCAAAUGCGAAUAAUUACUUGGCUGCAACAACAACAGCGGCGACGGUGACCUUGGCGAACACUCGGGUGGUGGAGGCAGGGGAGGUGGUAGUAGAAAAGAGAGGGGUGGUGGGAAACAGGCAGUUAGAGUAUUGGGGUGAGUCUGGUGCAAUGGCAGAUACCAGCCAACAGACUGAUACCUCUACAGAUGUUGACACUGAUGACAGAAAUCAGUAUCGAGUAAUUCAGAAUGGAGCAGUGGUGGACUCAACAGAUCAAUCCAAGGAAAAGACAGAUGACCAAAAGACUCUUAGGAGACUUGCUCAGAAUCGAGAAGCUGCAAGAAAGAGUCGUUUGAGAAAGAAGGCAUAUGUUCAACAAUUAGAGAGCAGUCGACUGAAGCUUGCACAAUUAGAACAAGAGCUCGAAAGAGCUCGUCAGCAGGGUUUCAUGGUCUCGGGUGUUGGAAGUGAGCCAGGUCAUUCACUGGGAACUAAUGGAGUUGUGGCAUUUGAUGUGCAUUAUGGGAAUUGGCUUGACAAGCAUCAAAGGCUGAUCAAUGACACAAGAUCAGCUCUAAAUUCUCAUGUGUGCGAUGAUGAACUCCGAGUUCUUGUUGACAGUUUAAUGUCACACUAUGAUGAACUAUUCCGAAUCAAAGCCAUAGGUGCAAAGGCAGAUAUAUUUCAUUUGCUGUCUGGCAUGUGGCAGACUCCGGCUGAGAGGUGUUUUAUGUGGCUAGGUGGAUUUCGAUCUUCAGAAUUGCUUAAGAUACUAGUGAACCACCUUGAACCUCUCACAGAGCAGCAGUUGCUGGGAGUAUGCAAUUUACAGCAGUCCUCUCAACAAGCCGAGGAUGCUUUGUCCCAAGGAAUGGAAGCGCUGCAACAAUCUCUUGUCGAUACACUUUCUGCAAACUGCCUCAGUCCUACUAAUACUGGAGUUGUCGCCGAUUACAUGGGCCAAAUGGCGAUUGCAAUGGGCAAGCUUGCCACACUAGAGAACUUUGUUCAUCAGGCUGAUCUUUUACGACAGCAGACUUUGCAACAGCUGCAUCGCAUUCUGACAACUCGUCAAGCAGCUCGGGCACUUCUUGUGAUCCAUGACUAUACUACACGUCUUAGGGCACUUAGCUCUCUAUGGCUAGCCCGUCCCAAGAACUGUAAUGCUUAGAUCUUGGCCAUUGUUGCUACCUAUUGCCAACUUCUUAGUUAUAUGCUACUCGACUUAGUUGCUGCUUCUGCAGUGUUUAGAUCAAUUCUGACAACACUAAUUUUUAGUGUACACGGCUAUGUAACGCAGUACUAUACGGCUAUGUAAGUUCUUUUGCUAACAAGAAGGAAGUCAUGUAAUUUAAGGUAUUAUAACUAGUUGCAAUGCAUUGUGUAAAACUUGCUAAAAUAGUGAUGAUGUCUUGGGGUUUGUUUUUUUCCUGGGUGUCCUUGAAAACUAAUGUAAAAAUAAUAACGCGUAAGCAUCUUUCAUUCA